UCCUGACUCUCUGGAAGUGGCUGCGAGCUGCAGUGGUGUCAAUGUGACAUCUGCCUAUUCACAUCCUUUCCCCCUGGCUCCUUCAUCCCUGCGACUAUCCUGCCCCGGAGUGAGUGGACGCUUCCUCUGAGGGCCAUGGGUCGGAAGAACUGCGAGGAGGCCUGGAAUGGCCCAGAGAAGUCGGACGUCCUGUGCGCCUCAACGGCGGCUCAAGAGUCGGAGGAAAAGAUGGUGGAGAGGGGACAAUGGGGGAACAAAGUGGAGUUUGUCCUGUCGGUGGCCGGUGAAAUCAUUGGUCUCGGCAACGUCUGGAGGUUCCCUUAUCUCUGCUACAAAAAUGGAGGGGGAGCCUUCUUCAUCCCCUACCUCAUCUUCCUCUUCACCUGCGGGAUUCCGGUCUUUUUACUGGAGACGGCGCUGGGUCAGUACACCAGCCAGGGGGGUGUGACGGCGUGGAGGAAAAUCUGCCCCCUCUUUGAAGGUAUUGGCUACGCUUCACAGGUGAUUGAGAGUUACCUGAACAUCUAUUAUAUCGUCAUCCUCGCCUGGGCGCUCUUUUAUCUCUUCAGCUCAUUUACAGCUGAGCUGCCCUGGGCCAAUUGCAACCACACCUGGAACACAGCAAACUGCGUCGAUGACCUCAGACUUUCCGAGAACUUCACUGCGUCGCCGAACGCCACAUCCCCUGUUGUGGAAUUCUGGGAGAAUCGAGCGCUGGGUCUGUCUUCUGGGAUUGAUAAGCUGGGUCCUGUCCGCUGGGAGCUCGCCCUGUGCCUGCUGCUGGCCUGGAUCGUAUGUUACUUCUGCAUCUGGAAAGGAGUGAAGUCCACUGGAAAGGUUGUGUAUUUCACUGCCACGUUUCCCUACGUGAUGCUCAUCAUCCUGCUGGUUCGAGGGGUCACCCUUCCCGGAGCGUACGAGGGGAUUGUAUUUUAUCUGAAGCCAGACAUCUCCCGGCUCCAGGACCCUCAGGUCUGGAUGGAUGCUGGGACCCAAAUCUUCUUCUCGUAUGCCAUCUGUCAGGGUUGUCUGACGGCGCUGGGAAGCUACAACAAGUACAACAACAACUGCUACAGAGACUGCAUCGCGCUAUGUUUCCUGAACAGCAUUACCAGCUUCGUGGCUGGGUUCGCCAUCUUCUCCGUUCUGGGGUUCAUGGCUCAGGAGCAGGGCGUCCCUAUCUCUCAGGUGGCCGAGUCUGGUCCUGGGCUGGCUUUUAUUGCCUAUCCGAAAGCUGUGACAAUGAUGCCGGUGUCUCCUCUCUGGUCCUGCCUCUUCUUCCUCAUGCUCAUCUUCUUGGGACUGGACAGCCAGUUUGUCUGUGUGGAGAGCCUGGUCACGGCAAUCGUAGACAUGUUUCCGGAAGUGUUCAGGAAGAAGUACCGCCGGGAAUUUCUCAUACUGGGAAUCGCAGUCAUCUGCUAUCUGCUGGGCCUCAUCCUCCUAACUGAGGGUGGGAUGUACGUCUUCCAGCUCUUUGACUAUUAUGCAGCCAGUGGGACCUGCCUUCUCUGUGUCGCUAUCUUUGAAGUGGUGUGCGUUGCCUGGGUCUACGGCGCUGACCGUUUCUAUGACAACAUAGAGGAUAUGAUUGGCUACCGGCCGUGGCCAGUGAUAAAGUACUGCUGGCUAGUCACCACCCCCGCAGUGUGCCUGGGCACCUUUCUGUUCUCCCUCAUCAAGUACACGCCCCUGAAGUACAAUAACCGCUAUGUGUACCCACCUUGGGGUUACGCCGUUGGCUGGCUCAUGGCAAUCUCAUCGAUGAUCUGCAUUCCUGUCUACGCCGCCUAUAUCACUCUGAGGACCAAGGGUCCAUUUAUUCAGAGGCUGAAGCAGCUGGUCACUCCGCACGCUGACCUCCCACAGCCUAAGAAGUAUAGCUUGGACUGCAGCAAGCCCUGGAAACGUGGGGCAUUGAGUGUGGAAGCAAGAGAUGGACUCAUCAUGCCGGACAAAGAGACGCGGUUCUGAUGGGGCUACAACAUUCAUCACAACCCAGGGAGAUGUACAACUCUCCAUCUAAGCCACAAAGGCCUAUACACGCACAUCUAGUAGCACCUGGAACCCAAACAGUCUACCUGCCCCAAUACCCCACUGUCACGAUUCCUAUCCCAUAUACUCCUGACUUAUCUCCAUCUGUCCAGGCAAGCUGACCUCCAAUCCACCUUACUCACGGUUGUUUCUUCUAUCCCCAUCACACUUAUACACCCUGUCUCUGGUCCCUUCUCCAGCACCCUAUCUCUGGUCCCUUUUCCUACACCAUGUCUCUGGUCCCAUCACCUAAACCCUGUGUAAUGGUUGCUUCUCCUGCACCCUGUCUCAUGGUCACUUCUUCUGUACCUUGUCUCUGGUUCCUGGUCCUGCACCUUGUCUCUGUUCCCUUCUCCUGCACCCAGUCUCUGGUCCCUUCUUCUGCAACCAGUCUCUCGUCCCUUCUCCAGCAAUCUAUCUCUGGUCCUUUCUCCUACAUCCAAUCUCUGGUCCCUUCUCCUGCACCCAGUCUCUGGUCCCUUCUCCUACACCCAGUCUCUGGUUCCUUCUCCUGCGCCUAGUCUCUGGUCCCUUCUCCUGCACCCUGUCUCUGGUCCCUUCUCCUGCGCCCUGUCUCUGGUCCCUUCUCCUGUACCCAGUCUCUGGUCCCUUCUCCUGCACCCAGUCUCUGGUCCCUUCUCCUGCACCCAGUCUCUGGUCCCUUCUCCUGCACCCAUUCUCUGGUCCCUUCUCCUGCACCCUGUCUCUGGUCCCUUUUCCUGCACCCAUUCUCUGGUUUCUUCUCCUGCACCCUGUCUCUGGUUCCUUCUCCUGCACCCAUUCUCUGGUUUCUUCUCCUGCACCCAGUCUCUGGUUCCUUCUCCUGCACCCAGUCUCUGGUCCCUUGUCCUGCACCCAUUCUCUGGUCCCUUGUCCUGCACCCAGUCUCUAGUCCCUUGUCCUGCACCCAGUCUCUGGUCCCUUGUCCUGCACCCAGUCUCUGGUCCCUUCUCCUGCACCCAUUCUCUGGUUUCUUCUCCUGCACCCAGUCUCUGGUUCCUUCUCCUGCACCCAGUCUCUGGUCCCUUGUCCUGCACCCAUUCUCUGGUCCCUUGUCCUGCACCCAGUCUCUGGUCCCUUGUCCUGCACCCAGUCUCUGGUCAUUUGUCCUGCACCCAGUCUCUGGUCCCUUGUCCUGCACCCAGUCUCUGGUCCCUUCUCCUGCACCCAGUCUCUGGUCCCUUGUCCUGCACCCAGUCUCUGGUCCCUUGUCCUGCACCCAGUCUCUGGUCCCUUCUCCUGCACCCAGUCUCUGGUCCCUUGUCCUGCACCCAGUCUCUGGUCCCUUCUCCUGCACCCAGUCUCUGGUCCCUUGUCCUGCACCCAGUCUCUGGUCCCUUGUCCUGCACGCAGUCUCUGGUCCCUUGUCCUGCACCCAGUCUCUGGUCCCUUCUCCUGCACCCAGUCUCUGGUCCCUUCUCCUGCACCCAGUCUCUGGUCCCUUCUCCUGCACCCAUUCUCUGGUCCCUUGUCCUGCACCCAUUCUCUGGUCCCUUGUCCUGCACCCAGUCUCUGGUCCCUUGUCCUGCACCCAGUCUCUGGUCCCUUGUCCUGCAUCCAGUCUCUGGUCCCUUGUCCUGCACCCAGUCUCGUAGUCACUUGCGUUAUCCCCAUAAACUUUCUUUGAAGCUGAUUAUAUGCUGUCUGGAAUCUGACCCGUUCCUACAUGUCUCACUUUUUGGGACUGAUUUAUCAAUGACUGAUAAAACAUUUGUGAUUGAUAAAGCUUGUUGUGUAUGACAAAUGACAGGAGCUGAUUGGCUGGAACACCAUUUAUCAUGUGCAACGAGUUUUAUCACUCGAUGAUAAAUGGGCCACUUUGUGCCUCCUGUCCCUCACUCUUCUUGUUUCUCUAAACAGACAUAAUAAGACUAACAGACUCUACCAGAGGUUCCUCGGUUGGGUUCUACCUCAUUGGGCCAUUGUAGCAUGUAAGAUACCAUGGGAAAGGUGACUUUCUUUCCCUAUGUGUCAUAUUAUUAACAUGACAUGUAAUAUAGUGUACGUAAUUUUGUAGACUUAAAGAAUGUGUAUUCUGCAUAAAAUAUGUUAUUUUCUACCUUACAAUGGGUUCCUGUAACUGGAUUAGGUGGUGGGCUCGGACAGUGCCCGGUUCUCUGCUGCCUGCAAGACUGCCUGACUCUAAUCUGUCACCCUGUACCUCCAUAUCUGUCCUAUCCCUAGCACUGCCCUAUACCGCCAUAUCUGUCCUAUCCCUCGCACUGCCCUGCACCGUUAUAUCUGUCCUAUCCCUAGCACUGCCCUAUACCUCCAUAUCUGUCCUAUCCCUAGCACUGCCCUGUACCUCCAUAUCUGUCCUAUCCCUAGCACUGCCCUAUACCUCCAUAUCUGUCCUAUCCCUAGCACUGCCCUAUACCACCAUAUCUGUCCUAUCCCUAGCACUGCCCUAUACCACCAUAUCUGUCCUAUCCCUAGCACUGCCCUGUAUCGCCAUAUCUAUCCUAUCCCUAGCACUGCCCUAUACCUCCAUAUCUGUCCUAUCCCUAGCACUGGCCUGUACCUCCAUAUCUGUCCUCUCCCUAGCACUGCCAUGUACCUCCAUAUCUAUCCUAUCCCUAGCACUGCCCUGUCCCCCCAUAUCUGUCCUAUCCCUAGCACUGCCCUAUAAUACCGCCAUAUCUGUCCUAUCCCUAGCACUGCCCUGUACCUCCAUAUCUGUCCUAUCCCUAGCACUGCCCUGUACCUCCAUAUCUGUCCUAUCCCUAGCACUGCCCUGUCCCCCCAUAUCUGUCCUAUCCCUAGCACUGCCCUAUAAUACCGCCAUAUCUGUCCUAUCCCUAGCACUGCCCUGUACCACCUUAUCUGUCCUAUCCCUAGCACUGCCCUGUACCUCCAUAUCUGUCCUAUCCCUAGCACUGCCCUAUACCGCCAUAUCUGUCCUAUCCCUAGCACUGCCCUAUACCUCCAUAUCUGUCCUAUCCCUAGCACUGCCCUGUACCUCCAUAUCUGUCCUAUCCCUAGCACUGCCCUGUCCCCCCAUAUCUGUCCUAUCCCUAGCACUGCCCUAUACCACCAUAUCUGUCCUAUCCCUAGCACUGCCCUGUACCUCCAUAUCUGUCCUAUCCCUAGCACUGCCCUGUCCCCCCAUAUCUGUCCUAUCCCUAGCACUGCCCUAUACCACCAUAUCUGUCCUAUCCCUAGCACUGCCCUAUACCUCCAUAUCUGUCCUAUCCCUAGCACUGCCCUGUACCGCCAUCUGUCCUAUCCCUAGCACUGCCCUAUACCACCAUAUCUGUCCUAUCCCUAGCACUGCCCUGUACCUCCAUAUCUGUCCUAUCCCUAGCACUGCCCUAUACCACCAUAUCUGUCCUAUCCCUAGCACUGCCCUAUACCACCAUAUCUGUCCUAUCCCUAGCACUGCCCUGUAUCGCCAUAUCUGUCCUAUCCCUAGCACUGCCCUGUACCUCCAUAUCUGUCCUCUCCCUAGCACUGCCCUAUACCACCUUAUCUGUCCUAUCCCUAGCACUGCCCUGUACCUCCAUAUCUGUCCUAUCCCUAGCACUGCCCUGUACCACCUUAUCUGUCCUAUCCCUAGCACUGCCCUGUACCUCCAUAUCUGUCCUAUCCCUAGCACUGCCCUGUACCUCCAUAUCUGUCCUAUCCCUAGCACUGCCCUGUCCCCCCAUAUCUGUCCUAUCCCUAGCACUGCCCUAUAAUACCGCCAUAUCUGUCCUAUCCCUAGCACUGCCCUGUACCUCCAUAUCUGUCCUAUCCCUAGCACUGCCCUGUACCUCCAUAUCUGUCCUAUCCCUAGCACUGCCCUGUCCCCCCAUAUCUGUCCUAUCCCUAGCACUGCCCUAUAAUACCGCCAUAUCUGUCCUAUCCCUAGCACUGCCCUGUACCUCCAUAUCUGUCCUAUCCCUAGCACUGCCCUGUACCUCCAUAUCUGUCCUAUCCCUAGCACUGCCCUGUACCACCUUAUCUGUCCUAUCCCUAGCACUGCCCUGUACCUCCAUAUCUGUCCUAUCCCUAGCACUGCCCUGGACCUCCAUAUCUGUCCUAUCCCUAGCACUGCCCUGUACCUCCAUAUCUGUCCCUAUUCCCCAUAUCACUCAUAUCCCAUGCCCCUCACUCCUCCGGUCAUAUCUGUAGGACUGUCUGAUAGCACGUGUUCCCCCUACCGUCCAUACAUUGCACAUCCUACUCAAUAGCCCUCACUUAUUGCUGUCAGCUGAUGGAUUGCUGUUACAGAAGUCCACCAUCAGGGGGCGAUAUGCCAUCAUCACAUAGAGAUACUGGUUCUCUGAGCUGCAGCAUCAGUUUAGAUUAGAAUAAUGUAGAUAUGAAUGAGGUUAUUACACUGUGAUAGUAAAUAACAUGUCACGUAACAAUCCCGGGCUACUUUGUAGCUAGGAGAAAUUAGUUUCCUAAAACUGUCCCUUAUUGCUGAUGUUUUAUGCUGCUGCUGAUGUUUCUCUGUGUUAUUCAGACUAUGAUAUUUAUAUGUGAAUAUUAAUGCAAAAUCAUAGCCUUUUUUUAUAGUGCAUUAAUCACCUACACUCCGGUAAGCAGCCAUUUUAUGGGCUGAAGGAAUAAUGGGCCCUAAUGCAGCGUGGAUCACUACUCAGACUGAGACUGCAAUUUUAUCAAAACUGCUCCUGCUAAAAAUGGCGUGUGAAGAGCCGCCCAGAAACAGUAAAAGAUGCGAUCGCAACGCUGCGUAUGAAUUAGUAGAACUGUGAUCCAUACGCAGAAACCGAGUAACAUCGACAGUUGCGGUUAACCCAUUCCUACUCAAAAUAAAGCAAUUGCAGUCA